AUGACGAUCGCGCGGAAGCGCGCCGAGCCCCGAUGGUCGUACGCCUCCUGCGCCUUAUCGAGCGGGAACUUCGUCACCAUCGUCCGGACGCCAUUCGCCUUCGCGAACUUCAUGCAGUCCUCGCUGUCCGACGCGACGCCCGACGGCCACCCGCGGAUCGACGUGCGCUUCUGGAUCAGCGACACUGCACUCCGCGUCAGCUUCGACCCACGGAACAAACACGGGAGCUACGCACUGAGCGGGAGGGUCGUCUCGUCCUCGGGGCUAGUCGAUACUGGCUGGUACGGCAAGUUCCACAUGGAGAUGCUCUUCUGGCACAGCUGCCACUGGGCGUUGUGGAACAACUGGGACCUCCUGAACCGCUCCGUUGACGUCUACAGUCGCUUCCUCCAGACGUCCAUCGAGCGGGCACAGGCGCAGGAAGGCUACCAGUACGGCGCGCGCUGGUCGAAGAUGACCGACCCCUCGGGAAGGUCGGCGCCGGGAGAGAUCAACGAGCUGCUCAUCUGGGAGCAACCACACCCACUCGUGUUCGCGGAAUACGAGUACCGCGCGAGUGGGUCGCAGGAGACCCUCGAGAGGUGGCGCGAUGUCGUGUACGAGACGGCCGACUGGAUGGCCGCCUAUGCGCGGUUCAACGAGAGUACGGGUGUCUAUGACCUCGGGCCGCCGAUGUAUGUCGUCAGCGAGGACACGAGCCCAAAUGCGACGCGCAACCCCGCGUUCGAGCUUUCGUACUGGCGGCUAGGAUUGGAAUUGGCGCAGACGUGGAUGGAGCGACUUGGCGUGAAGCCUCCUGCUGUGUGGGCAGAAGUCGCGGACAACCUGGCCCCAUUGCCCGUCGAGAAUGGACUAUAUGCGGUGUACGAGGGCAUAGAAUCCGGUUUCUGGACGGACCCCGCAUACACGAACAGCCAUCCUGCGCUAGUGGGCCUGUACGGCUGGUUGCCGGCGACUGCCAACGUCAGCGUAGACAUGGCAAUAGACACUGCUGAAAGAGUAUGGUCGACCUGGAAUGUAAGCAAUCUAUGGGGAUGGGACUUCCCCAUGCUGGCCAUGUCUGCGGCGCGUAUGGGAAACCAAGAAAAGGCCAUCGAAUGGCUGCUCAACCCCUACUUCGAGUUCGACGAUGUCGGAAUGCCUGGCGGAGGUGCGCAAGUGCCAACACCAUACUUCCCAGGGUCGGGCGGAUUGCUGUAUGCGAUAGCAAUGAUGGCGGCUGGAUGGGAUAAUAGCACUAGCUCAGCCCCAGGAUUUCCGAGCGAAGGGUGGGAGGUGAGGGUUGAGGAUAUCGGAAAGGCGAUGUGA